AUGGAAUUCAUGUGGAACGAAUGCAAGAACUACUUCAACGACGGCGUCAUCCCUGGAUCGGCACCAUUCCGCUCCAACGUCCACAUCUGCGACCUCACACCACCACCCACCAACAACCAUAACCAUAACCAUGACUACGGCAUCGAAAUCAGCCAGCAACUGAUGCCCCUCUUCUCAACACUCGGAGGCAUCAGCCCCCCACCCUGUACCUGCCACGACAUCACAGCCAUCCGCCAACACAUCGACAACUACAUCCACACAGCCCCCAGUACCCACCCCAACGACUACACCAUCUUCACCGAGAAGAACGACACCUCCAUCGACAUAAUCUGUCUCUACACCCUCCGCGACGUCCUCCAAUGGUGGACCUUCUGGGCAGGCAGCCUAAACAGCACCCAAGACCGCUGGAAACUCCUCUACAUCGCAUUCGGGACCAUCGCAGACGACGUCAUGAUCCCUCCCAUCGACGUACUCAACGGCACAUUCCGCUUCCUGGGCCACACCCUCGCCGACGUCCUCGCCGGUCUCCAAUCCGAGCACGUCAACCCCCACGAUCUCAAAUUCCUCGAAAUGUGUCUCUGGCGCCAAUACAUCGUGCAAUAUCUAGAGAAAUGCGACCCCUCUCUCCGGACUAUGCUCCUCGGCAAGACGACUCUCAUGACCCAGUUCCGCAUCGCCACGGCCAAUGCGGCCGGCACGGCGGUGGCUGUUCUGGCGGCGAUGGGGACGCAGUCCCGGGGUGUGCUGGAUGCAGUAGUGGAGAUGAUGGGUACCGGGUGCUGUUUGUCGAUGGAUAUGGCGAAGGAGGCGCUGGGGGUGUUGAAUGGGGAAGGGACGGAGACGGUGGCCGGGGAACGGGAACGGUUGAAGCGUGAGUUGCGUUGGGUGUAUGUGAGGUGCAUUGAGCGGUUGAAUGGGGUUGCUUGUGCGCCGGUUGCCAAGCGGUAUGCGACCUCGGGUCUGGUGUAUGUCUUUUUGAUGGAGAGGUAUCGCGAGCGGGUGAGUGGCGUGCGGGUGCCGAUUUCUGGUGCUUUGAGGGCUGUGUUGGAUGGGUUGGUGGGUGGGUGA